UUCUUUCUCUCUCUCUCUCUCUCUCUCUCUCUCUCUCUUUUCCUUCCUCCCUCCCUCCUUCCCUCCCUCCCUCCCUCCCUUCCUUCUUUCCUUCCUCCCUCCCUUCCUGUUAGUACAAGAUUUUAAUAUUAACGUGAGAUACAUGUGAUAGAGAACCAAUGUGAUGUUAAGGCACCAGGCUUGAAACCUGUGAGUUCUAAUUCCGUCUUUAGGCACAAAGCCAUCUAGGUGACCUUGGUCCAGUUGCUCUCUCUCAGACCUAGGAAGGAAGGUGAACCACUUCCAAAAUCUUGUCAAGAUAUGUACAAACUGAAGAGAUUUCGGAGAGUAGUCCAGUUCAACACUGAUUUGAAGACACAAGACAAAAGAAAAAUUAUGAUGUAUUUAAUAUAUGAUGGGGAUGGGGAGUUUGUCCAAUUGUAUUAUUUCAUUUAGCUUAAAUGGGAAACACUGCAAUCUUAUUUAAAGGUUCUUAUUAAAGAAAAGGUUAAAACUUGAUAAGCUUUAGAUUUCGCAAGCAUUGGUUUCAAUGCUUAGUAGGCUAAAAGGCUAAAAGAUUCAGCUUCUUCAACAUACCACUGCAAUAGCCUGUAUGGCCUCUUUCUAAAGAAGAUGGAUUUCAACAAAAGAGUUGAAUUACCACACAAUUUUGUAGCUAGGAAAGCAGCCACACUGGAAGAAUGGUGGAAUACCCUCUGGCAAACCUCAUUUUUUGCUACAGGUGCUUCUGGGGUAGUGAAUUUUUCUAUUGACUUUAGGAAUACCAAUAAGUCCUUGGUUAAUGAUGAUAAUUAUAACCAGAAUUUCUGUUGUUACGUGAUGCAGUCAUAGAGCGUGAUAUCAACAUAGCCCAGUGGUGAAAUCCUACCGGUUCGUACCUAAAAGCUACCAGUUUGGCGAACCGGUAGUAAAAAAAAGCUACCAGUUGGUCCCAACCAGUAUUUUCGACGAUCAGCUGUGCCGCACGAUUUAAAAUAGUUAAAAAGCAGGAAAUCCUGCUUUCUAGUGAAUCUAAAUCGUGCAGGAUAGCUGUUCUACUUACCUUCCCAAGUUUCCUUUUUCCACAUGCAGUGCGUGUUUGGUGCAUAUUACGCGUGUGCACAGCGUGUGCACAAAGUGCAUUUGUGCACGCAGUAUGCAUUUGGCAUGCAUGCAUGCAUGCAGCACGCGCUUGGCACGUACUGCGCAUGUGCAGGCAGCAAACUGGUGGCAAACCGGGGAGAAUUUGACGUAGCCAUGCUACUUAGCAAUGGCAGUUCCAGCAGUGCCUGGUUACCGUUGUUAAGUGAAGACCUCAUGUGAUGAUGACUUCCAUGUUUCUGCCAGCUUCCCCAUUGAAUUUGCUUGUGGGAAGCUGUCAAGGAAGGUUGCAAAUAGCAUUCACAUGACUGAGAGAAAUCUGAGCUGGUUGCAGGGCACCUGGAUCAAAGUCAUGUAACCACAAGGGUGUUGCAGUGACCAGAACUUCGAGGACUAGUCAUAACUAUCACUUGUUCAUCAUCCUCAAAAGUUUGAAAUGUCGUUGAACAAGGGGUUGUUAAACAAGGACCAUCUCUAGUAGCUAAGAAGUCUAUUUGUUUACAAAAGCACUGAUGAAUUUGCUAAAUCAGAAGUGGAAUACAUCACUUGUGUGCACCACCAAAUUAUCAAAACUAUUUAAGUGACUUGUAAUUUAAUUAGGUUUUUAAAUGUACACUGGUUUGUAUUUUUGCAUUCAUUCUCCCCCCCCUUUCCCCAUUAAUCUAGGGCCAAAGUUCUCAAAACUCUAGAAUAUCAUGGCUUUCACCAAUACAGAGAUGGAUGAUGCGUUUGACUACCUGUUCAAGAUCAUUCUGAUUGGAGACUCAAAUGUGGGGAAGACGUGUGUGGUCCAUCGCUUCAAGUCUGGACAAUACCAUACAAAGCAGCAGAACACUAUUGGGGUUGACUUUACAGUGCGUUCCCUGGAAAUUGAUGGCAAGAAGGUGAAGAUACAAGUGUGGGAUACGGCAGGCCAAGAACGCUUCCGGACAAUAACUCAAAGUUAUUAUCGCAGUGCCCAUGGUGCUAUUCUUGCCUACGAUAUAACCAAAAGAUCUACAUUUGAGUCUAUUCCUCAUUGGAUUUAUGAAAUUGAAAAAUAUGGUGCAGCAAACUUGGUCUUAAUGUUGAUUGGGAACAAAUCAGACGAAUCAGAGAAACGGCAAGUCCUGUUUGAAGACGCUUGCACAUUGGCAGAGAAACACGGUCUUCUGGCUGUACUGGAAACCUCAGCCAAGGAGGCCCAAAAUAUUGAUGAGGUUUUUAUCUUGAUGGCUAAGGAACUGAUGGCUAGGAACACCUUACAACUUCAUGGGGAGAAUGGAUCUUCACUCAACAUCCAUCUGGACGCUAGGCCAGUGAUGGUUUCACAGACUGAGACAUCCAGCUGCUCAUGUUGAGCAAAGGCUACGUAUCCCAAGGCUCUCUUCCAUUAAAAGAAUUUCCAUGUAUAAUUCCACUGUACCAUCCUGAUGCCAUGCCAUCGUUGCUGAAUUUCGUUCUUUGGAAAUAGGCGGUUUCUUGUUUCCAACUGAUCAGCAACAAACACUGGAUGAAGGACUUUUUCUGGCAGACAUGAGCUGAUACAGAGAAGAUUGUCUGUGAAUACUUCUGAUAAGCCACUUUCUAUCAGUCCUUGGCUGCUUUUCCCUGGUGGCUAUGAAAAAAAUGAUGGGUUUCUUGUACUGUAUAUACUAUGUUUAGUACAGGGAUGAUAGAGUUGUUGAUUGAGUCAAAUUAUUGUGAAUAAAUACUGAAUCUUUUUUUUUUUUUAAGAAAUAGAAAUCUAAGCAAGUACAAAACAAGUUCUGCAGGGUUUUUCUGCCUAUCUAAGAAAUGCCUCUGUCUAAUCAGUUUCCUAUCUCGGAUUACUAUAACAAUGUCUCUUUAAAUUGAAGAUUAACAAGGUAAUCUUAUUUAGUGUGUAUUUUGGCGUCCUUAACUGUUUGACUUUGUGCAGCCCACAGAUUACCAGGGAAUGAUUGUGAUGGUCAAGCGAUAUACCUAAAAGAGUGCAUGGAGAAUAUCCUGUAGUGAAAUUAAAUGUUGAUUUCAGUUAUGUCAUUUUUUCUAGCGUGUGUAACAAGAGAUGGUUUCACAAAACAAAGACUUAUACAGACCAGUAGUGGGUUUCAAUUUAGUUUGCUACCGGUUUGCAUGCGCAGAAGCGUCCGGGUGGGUGGGCGGAGCCUCUCACCACCACCACUACCGGUUCGCCUGAUCCGGGGUGAACCGGUAGCAACCCACCACUGAUACAAACCAUUCCAAAAAUAUACUGAAACUACAAGGACUAAAGUAGUGUGUUUUUAAUCAGUUACCAUAAAUAUAGUAAACUAUAUAACGUAUUGUAGCUUUUUUAAAAUAAUAGCACUUAACAGCUUUUAAUAUUUAUCAUAAUUUAUUGCUAGUAUGUUUUCAGUAAGUCAAAAGUCAAUAUAGCAACAUUUCAAAAUUACUGGAAGGCAUUUGUCAACGUUCAGCGUCGUAAUAGCUUAGUGGUAAAUUUUUUACUACUUGAUUAUGGGAAGGCUGAUGUCACUGACCAUGGUAUUAAUAAUCAAAGAACUGAGUUCUCUUUUUUAGGUAUUUGUGAUUCCUUUGUCUUGCCAAGCAGAGCAUUUUAUUUAUUUCUUUAAGUAGAGAGAGUCUGUGAGUUUUCUAUUUUGAUUAAGUGCUUUUUGUGCUUGCCAACUUGAUAAAAAAACAUUGGGGGAAGAAAUGAAAUAAUCACUAAACCGGCUCUCCAAAUACCCUAGGCAUUCUGGGACUUGUAGUCCCAAUGCAUCUGGAAGGUAUGGGUUUGGGGAAGACCCGGCUCAGUACAGUGUUGAUGCUUUAAUCUUUGGUUUAAAUUCAAAUUCCUCAGAUUUACAUUUUUAUAAUAUAAGAAAAUUUAGUAUGUAUUUAUUGAUGUUUUAUUUCCUAUUAUCCAUGCCCAAGAGUUUGUUGCUGAAUUGCCUAGUUUUAAAGGGAAAGGUUGGUUCUCUAACUAGCACUGAAUAACUGUUAUUGAUAUAUAUUUAAAAGCUUUUCCUUUUUACAUGAUUUUAAGGUAAAAUGAAGAUUCUAAUAAAUAAGGGACUUUUCCAUUAUUACUGAAGUAAUGUAUCGUUAUGGAAAUAAACUAGACAGAAUGAAAUUUAACAUUUGUUUUUAAAAAACUAACAUGGAUCAGAGACUCAAAUACAUGGUACUUGCGUGGAUUUACGCAUUAUGCC